AACAGGGGGUUUACUUGGGCGCUCUCCGGUCGUCUCCGAGGAGCUGAUCAAAUCGAAGCCGAAAUCUGACAGCUUCUUCUUCUUCUUCUUCUCUCUCUCUCUCUCUCGCUUGCUCCCAAAAACCCAGACUUGAGGUUGAAAGCUGAGCUCGUGGGAGCUGAGGAAAGAUCUAGUUCAAUGGCGGGCGGGUACAGAGCGGACGAUGAUUACGAUUAUCUCUUCAAAGUCGUGCUCAUAGGCGACUCCGGCGUCGGCAAAUCGAACCUGCUCUCGAGGUUCACGAGGAACGAGUUCAGCUUGGAGUCCAAAUCCACAAUCGGGGUCGAAUUCGCCACCAGGAGCAUCCGCGUCGAUGAUAAGGUCGUCAAGGCUCAGAUUUGGGACACCGCCGGUCAAGAGAGAUACCGAGCAAUCACUAGUGCAUACUACCGAGGAGCAGUCGGUGCCUUGCUUGUCUAUGACGUGACCCGACAUGUCACAUUCGAGAAUGUUGAGAGAUGGUUGAAGGAGCUCCGUGAUCACACCGACUCCAAUAUCGUGAUAAUGCUUGUUGGAAACAAGGCUGAUCUCAGACACCUUCGUGCAGUCUCGACCGAGGACGCCACAGCCUUUGCUGAGAGAGAGAGCACCUUCUUCAUGGAAACCUCUGCUCUCGAAUCGAUGAAUGUUGAGAACGCGUUCACUGAAGUUCUCACCCAGAUAUACCGUGUCGUCAGUCGAAAAGCUCUCGAUGCAGCUGAUGAUGCCGCUGCAGUCCCCAAGGGACAGACCAUUAAUGUCGGAUCAAAGGAUGAUGUCUCAGCUGUGAAGAAAGCCAGUUGCUGUUCGGCUUGAGAGAUCCCAUCUCAUCUACAAAGAAGAAAAUUUCCACGGUUUUAUGUGGAAAUGAAAAUCCAGUGCUUUUUACAUCUGUUCAGGAUAAUCAUAAUCUUUCAUAGGUGGACUAUGUUUCAACUCUAGAUGGCAACUCGGCUGUUUUUUAGGAUUUUGGCCUCUGGUUUCGUUUCCAUGGUAUUUAAUUUGCGACUUCUGGCCUGUAUCAUUUCAUUGCUUUGCUGCACUAUUCUCUGUUGUAUUGGGUUGAUCCAAAUGAGGAAAUUAUGUCUCGGGACGAAUUCAGAAGCUUGUAUUUGAUUGAAUCCUUGAGGUCU